GGGGGCGGGCUUAGAACGCUCCCCAGGAGGGAAGCGAGGGCGCGCGCGAGAGUGGUCGCUGCGCGCGCGGGCGUGUCUCGCGUGCCCGGGCGGGGGCCCUUCCGCUGCUGGUGUCGCGCGCGCAGGUGCGAAGCAAAGAUGGGGUUUGCUGAGGACAAGGUUUAUGACUACAUUAGGGAAAACAUGCACGACUUCCAUCGCAUCCGGGUGCGCCAGCUGAUUCACCAUCUGCCGUGUCUCUCUGAUGCAGACAGGGAAGAGAUCGAAGCCCACGACGACAGGAAAGGGAACGAGCACGCCGUGUGGGAGCUCUUCUUCUACCUGAAAUGCAGGAAUGGCUGGGUGAAGGAGCUCAUUGAGGCGCUCAGGAAGAACAGGCACCACGAUCUCGCAGACAGGGUUCAGUGCAAGUACGAUGCUCACCAAGUCCGUCCUCGGAACAAAGCACCACUUCCUGCUGUGAAUAACUCUCUGCUCAGCUGCGAGUCGGUUUGCUCUCAGAUGCCUCCACCGACAGCUAAUCCUCAUCCUCAGCGCGCUGGCCCCACCUUUGAGAACAAUCCCCACACGCCUUCAUUGCCUAGGCAGCCAGCAAGUCUCCCAGAGCCUAACACACCCCUGCCUCUCCAGACGAAUCCGUCUGGAGUGGAAAGCUACCAAGACCUGGGGGAAUACAAUACUCCUGUGCAAGAAAUGGAGCCGUUAGCAAAGCAAAAGGUUGCAGAAGAUGCCCUGACCCCGUGGAGGGAAGCUCAGAGUCCCCAACCCACUGGGAACGCAGCACUAGCUGAUCUCAGGGCAUCACAGGAAGGCAGUAACCAUGGAGAUGGUCUGUCCUCAGCAGCAGUCCAAUUACCUCCUGGAUCACCAGCGGGACACCUGCUGGGUUGUGGGGGUGUGCCCAGAGGAGAGGUGGAAGUGGCUCAGCCAGGCAGACCAGUAUUUGACCCAAGGGGACAGGGGCAGGACUGGGCUGGCCGCCAGCAGCAUCCGGUCUGCGUGAACGGUGGGUAUUUUGGGAACAUGAAUCACCUGAACAUUGGGAACAGCAGAAAGGCAUCCAUGCCUGGAGACCCUGUUCAGAGAGGUGAGCCGGCCGCCGCUCCUAGCCCAGAGGAUUUCAAGAACCAGCCAGAAGAGGUUUACUAUUCUUCUUUUGAGCGCUCUCCCCUGGCUGCCAGUGCCAACAGAGCUGUCCCCGGACAUGGGCAGCAGGCUGGAGAUUCGCUCCGGGAACAGAAGAUUCAGGCUUUGCAGGGUUACGAGAAUGGGAACCUGACAAGCAGCAUGGUGGAUGUUCAUAACCCUGUCCUCCUGCAGACCCAGUUUGAUGCAGAGCAGAAACGUGCCCAGGGGCAGAGAGAAGACCAUGGUGGAGAGAGGGAUGCGUUUCCUCUACACCAAAUCAGAGAUUCCGCACAAAGCACACACAGUUAUGGCGAGUUGGGAGCCAUCAAAGGAAGGACUGACUCUAGCCCUGCAAUCGGAUCAGCGCCCGCCUCUCAGACGACGAGCACCAUCCCCACAAACCUCAGCGAGGAUGCGACUGCUCAUGAUUUGGGAGCAUUAGAUCUCGGCAGAACACGCUUGGCCAGCUCCUCUGAAAAACUGGCUUCAGGCUCCUCUGCUGGACCUUCCCAGGGGAUCCCUGAGCAGAACUCAGAUCCUCAAAGCAAAGUCCAGAUCCUAGCUCCUGCAGCUCACAUGCUACGCCCAGCUUCAACUCCUGGACCCAGCAACGUUCUUCCAACCAGUUCCCCCCUCCAUCCCAGUACGACUAGCAUUAAGAGUGUUCUCAAGCUCUCCAGUGCCAUGCCUGCUGUGGAAUUCCCUGACCCUAGUGGCUUCUCCUCUACUGCUGUGAUUCCGCCUAGUUCACCUGCAUUGCCCUCUGACCCGUCAGAGCCAGCGUUCAACAGCGACCUGGGUGAGCUGAAAUCUCCCGUCCAAGAGUGCAAACUGCCAACGAGAGAGACAGACAGCAGCAGCACCUCCAUGCCAAAGGAGAAUGCAAAUCAAGCACCAAAGCCCCCUGCUCCGACUGUGACCCAAAGCAGUCCAGGGUUCCCUGGGAGCACAGUUCGCACCACCGCAAGGGAGGCAGGGUGGAAGAUCCAAAACGCCUUGCCAGGCUCCCCUGGGGGCUGCCAAGUGUUCUACAGUGAGCCGGAUGAAGAGGUGGAGCUCAGCAAGCCAGGUGUGCUAACCUCCACCGGAGGUGUGGAGGAGCCAGCCCAGAGGCAGCCAGAGUCACCCGAGACAAAUGUCCAAUAUUCUGGGAGGUCCAACCGCUUCUUCCUCAGCAGCGAGUGCACUCUGGGCAGCAAUCCCCUAAUGAUAAGUGAAUCCAGCAGUGCCUGCCCCAGCUCCAGCAGAGCCCAGAGGAAUCAGCCUGAAGAGAAUCACUACUCCUCUCAGUCUGACCACCCCCUCCCAUCUUGGGCUACCAGCAAUGGCCCAAGAAGAGUCGAGGCUACCAAAACCAGCAGAGCCUCCCUUCUGCCAGAGAGCAGCAGCACCUGGGACAGCACAGCUGUGGGAACUCACGAAGUCCAUGUGGUUGAGUAUCCUGGCGCUGAUCUGGAGGAGGCUCCCAGCCUGAGGGUUGUAGCCAGUGUCUAUGAGAACCCAUCUCCAGCCAGCUCUGGCUCGAACAUUAACAGGCCAAAGCGAGACAGUGAUGGGACAUCCUUCCCCUUGAAGGACUAUAUACUGCCAGCUGCCAUUGCUGCAUUCGCUUCUGUUGUGGCUUUCCUAUUCUAUAAGCAUCUGCGGAAUUAGGAGUUGAGCAGGGUGGAGAGAUAGAACAUCACUUUGUUCAGCCUCAAAGUCAACUGUAAACUUCAUGCUUAGCUUUCUCUUGCAUAGGAAUUUUAACUGGCAUAUUUAAGGCUAGGCUGGAGGGUGGAAUUUCAAACACACUAUUCAGUCUUUUUUGGAAAUGAGGCCUCAGAUGCCUGACCCCCUUAUGCUCUUCUCCAUCCUUGUUGUCACCAGUUGCCUUCUCAUAUACUUUCCUUCUCCUGCUGCACCUCAACCCACCAUGCAAGCCGUCGCUGAUGGACCCUUAUCUGAGACAGUGAAAUUUGCAACCCGUUCUGCAGAUGCUCUUAUUCACACCUGUCUGUGGGCCAGUGCAGUGGAAGGGGGUACCAAAGAGACAGGUGGAGGCUUUCUACAAGAGAGAGCUUGUUGUCCUGUGAAUCUCAGGAUUCCUACUGCCAGCUCUGAGAGAAGGAGUUUCCUUGCAGAAUCUGAAGUGUAUGAACGUCAAGAAAACGCAGCUGACCUCUGCUUUGCCCAACUUUAAAAUGCUGGUGCAUGGAGAGGGGCUGGGCACUAGCUCCUGUGCAGGUACCUGAACAAGGAUACUACCCUGAACUCAAACGUGGUCCAUUGAGGGCUCUUCUGGCUUUCUCCUCCAGCCAUGCCUCGUGAUGGGGUCUGUGUUCGCUCUCCCCUUCCUUCUUGCCAUGUGUUUGUGUAUGACUGACUGGGUCCACAAUUCAGGAUCCUCUGCUCUCGCUGAGUUGAAUGGCUGUGCUGCUGGUACAACUAUUCACUCAUGGAGGGCUAGCAUGAGGCCUGUUUGCCAGUCAAAUCCCACUGGCAACUAGGCCCUUUGCACUGGGGUGAAUUUCACCCUUAGCUUACACCUCACCGGCUUGAAUCCAGACCAGAUCAGUAACUUGGUUGUUAACAUCUAAUGCCUUUUCAGUGCCCUGUGUGAAAUGAGCAGGGUCUGAAAAUCAUCUGCUCAGCAGGUAACCAAGUUACAAAAAUCCCACAGCUGGUCCCACUGGUGGCAGUCCCAGCUGAGAGGCCCGGGUUUAAAAUGGACCAUGGAGGUUAAACUACCAUUCUGUAUGCCUACAGGGGGGUCCCUCCAGCUUUGAGGCAGUGUGGGGAAGUUUGCACUGCAGCUUCCAUGCUGUAUCUGCUCUGUGACUAAGUAGAGAGGUCAAAUAGACUGUCACCUUUCACUAGCACGAAAUUCUCUUCCCAUGUCUGCAGGGGACACCACUAAUCUUGUGGUUUCCUUCUCCUCUUAGCGUACAUUUCCCAUACCUGUCAUGCUGCAUAGCCUUAGUCAGAGCAUGGGAUUACAUGCAAAGGUAGGUGUUGCCUGUUGCAGUCCUAGGCCUCCAAAUUGUCUGGGCGUAAUUUUACUGUAGAAUCAGACUUUAAGUGGAAAUGGGCGGGUGGGAAUUAAGUAGUUUGAGAGAACUCAGCCACCAUCAUGGUGAUGGUAAUGUAUGUAACUGGGUCUGUAGGUCAGUUGAAGCAACUGUCCUGCAGGAUUCAAGGAACAGAGAAUAUCCCUCCAGCUUCAUUGCUCCAGCGAGCAUGAGGUUUACUCCUUUUCCUGUCGCAUUGUCUCAGUGGUUUUGCUAAGGAGUAGGGCCAUGAUUUUGGCAAGGGUAUUUUAUUGAAAGUCACAGGCAGGAUGUGGGAAAUAAACAAUAAACCGUGGAUAUGUAUAGAGGGCCAGCAUUAAGGGGUAGCAAACAGGGCAAUUCCCCGGAGCCCCACAAAGCUAAGUUACAGGCGGUGGGGCUCGGGCUUUGGCUUCAGUGGAAUUUUGAGGAAAUUGCAGAGGUCUUGUGAAAAUCACAGAAUCCAUGAUUGACUCAAAGCCUUACUAAUGAGAAAUCAGAACUGACAGCUAUGGUAGAGUGGCCAUUUAUAUAAAACUCUCCAGGUGUCAAUUCUGCAACUGCCCAGGACCUGACAGUGUUCCCUGUUCCUUGCCCCACAUGCCCCGGCAGGGCUGAAGCCUGAGGCCCUGAGCCCCGCCACCCACAGCUGAAGUUGAAUUCUGAGCAACUUAGCUUUGUGGGGGCCCCCAUAUGUGGGGCACUGGGCAGUUGUCCUGCUUGCUACCCCCUAAUGCUGGCCCUGGCUUUUAUAUGCAGAAAAACCAUUGCUGUGGCACAGGUGGGUUGUGGAAUUUUUAUAGUGGGGGGCUCAGAAAGAAAAAGGUUGAAAACUUCUGCCCUAUUUCAUCCCAAAACACAACGUGCUUCUAAACUGCGUGUCCAGCAUGAGGCUCUGCAGUGGGACUAGAGAGAGGCUGGUCCCAAGAUGGUCUUCACAGCUAACUAACUAUGUACCUUGUGAGGCAGAGCCUUUUCCACUUCUUAAUUGAACCUGUUCAACCCUUAAAUAAUCCAGCAGUAAAACAGAAGAUCAGAUUGGUUCUCUGCCAGAUGAAUGCAGUAAGAACUGUAUAGCACUUAACCUCACAGGAACUGAUGUGAUCUUAACAUUUUCUAGUUGGAGCCAAAAGAUGCAAGGGGUAUAAGGGCACAAAAAAAAAUGCGCAACAAAAACCACAACUUUGUAGUCAUUGAUGAAUGGAUGAAAAAUUGAAAUGCUUAAAUGAUUUUCUCCUCCUCCCCCAUUCCUAUGCUCAACUGGCUGGACUUUACAGUGUAGGAAUUUGCAGGCCAAUAGUCCUUUUUGCUGCAAAAAAAACCCAAACCCACAGACAGCCCCCCAAGUUGUUAGCAUUUCUGAAGAGUCUGUUCUGCAUUUACACAGUGGAAGUUUUCCUCCCAUUUGGCAGUUUACACUCCUAACUGAGGCUAGUACAGUCCAGUAGUUAAUUUAUGUGCAGUUAGCUUUCAGCUGAUAGAACUUACUCCAAAGACAGCUUCCAGUCCAGAACCUGCUUCUGGGUCUGAACCUGCAUGGUGCUGAGCACCCUCAUCUCUCAGUGACUUACAUGAGAGUUGAAGGUACUAUACUCAGCACCACACAGGAUCAGGCUCUAUCCUAGUUGGAAGCCGUCUAUGAGUAAGUUCUGUCCGCUGAAAGCUAGCUGCAUGCAAUUCCAGGAUUGUAUUAGCCUCAGUUAGGAGGGUGAACUCUGCAGAGUGGGAGAAAAAAAUCUGUUGUUUGAGCACAUAACAGGCUUUAAAAAACAAAAACAAAAAAGAAAUCUUGCAGGUUGGUUUUAAUUUUUUCCUCAACAAGCCAGCAACGAGGGGAGCAAUUCAGUACAUAAAAUCUAUGUGCUUGGAGAUGGAGGAGGUAACCUGUUCCCAAACCUAGAAUAGGAACUCCUGAGCUCUAAUCCCAUCUGUGACAAUGACUCCCCUUUGGCCAUGGACAAGUCACUUAAUGUCCCUGCCUCAGUAUCCCUAUCUUGAUAAUGGGUAUAUUUACUUGCCCAUCUCACAGGGUGGAGGAGGAUUAAUCCAUGGGCCAAAUUCUAUGAAUGGAGUUUGGGGAGGGAGUUUAAGUCUCUCAGAAUGUGGCCUACUGUCUGAAAGACAACAGUCCCAGUGUAAGCAUUAAGCAUAUCUGGGUAUGAAACAAACAAUUUUAUGCCAUGUUUAUGAGUCUUGUUUGUUACAAGCCCUGUCCUAGCAGAGUUCAUAAACCCUGUAACAUUAUGAAAACAGGUUUUUAUAAUGGGAAGUGUCAGGCAACUGUAACUCUAAUAACCUCUGCAAGUGCAAGACUUGUGUGGCAGAAGGUGCCCUGAGUUUUAGAAGCCACCUUUAGCUUUUUCCUUUUCUCCCCCUCAGAGAAAAAGAGGGAAACGUAAAAUAUAAAUGUGCCUAGUUGAAGUUAGAAAUCCUAGUCUGCAGUUUUUAAUGGACCCUAGAGGAGUUAACAUCAAUCCCCAUGAGACUUGAGGAGAGUUGGGCUCCUAAGUUUAAACACUCAAAAGCUGGGGUCUGAGAAGGAUAAUGGGUACAAUUUUCAAACCUGUCUGAGGGCAGGUCUGCUCUGGAGCUGGGAAGUGUCACUGAGGGUACUUCUACACUGCAGCUGGAGGUGUACUUUCCAGCACAGGUGGAUGUGCGUGUACUAGCUCUGAGCAAGCUAGCAUGCGAAAAACAGCAUAGUCACAGCAGCACGGGCUGGCCACUCAAGUGUAAUCCUGUCUGAGACCAUAGGUACAUACAUGGGUGGCUAGCCCCUGCCCCCUGGCCACGCUGCUGGUUUUAGCAUGCUAGCUCGAUCAAAGCUAGCACAGGUACGUCUACCCAAGCCGGAAAGUACACCACCAGCUGCGGUGUAGAUGUACCCUCUGAUUUAGGCGCCCAACUCCCAUUUGCUUUCAAUAGCAAUGUCACAAAGUAUACUGACCCCAGAGCACCCCGGCACAUACGCAGUGUUGCCAGUGUCAAAAGAUCAAAGUGCAUGAGUCAGACCCCCACCCAAAUCAUGAGAUUUUUUUUUAAAAAAAAAAUCUUCACCCCCUAUAUUGCAAAUUUUGUGGGGGUCUCUUGAUCUUUUGAUCUCCCCCACCCAUCCCCAGUGUGUGUGUGUGACAACUAGUCUUGCCCCCUCUCCCAAAUUUAUUGGGCAUGGUGAUUUUGGGCCCCGCUGCGGGAGCGCUUAGCCCCAUAUCUGCCCGUCCCCUGCCCAGCAGCUAAUUCUGCCUGCCACUCCCAUCAGCUCAGCCCCCUGCUCCAUCAGUUCACUUACCCUGCCUCACCUCUGCUCCUCCUGAGCACUUUACCCCCCUCCUGCUCCUGCAGGGGAGUGCACACUCCACCUUCCCAGGCUGGGGGAGGAGCAGCACCAGGGGGUCUUCAUGCCCCUUCCCAGGUUGGGUGCUGCAGGGAGGGAGGGGAGGAGCAGAGGACCCAUCCCAAGGAGGACUGGAGCUGCACUGUUCUGCUGGAUUCUUUAGCUCCUUCCUCCCCUCCUGUGAGAGUGGCUUUGAGUUGCAAUGAUACUCAGACCUCAGUGGUUCAGGAGCCAAAUUAGCAACCAGCAUUACCCAAAAGAGCCACAGUCGUGUGAAUUCAUGGUUUCAUUUACUAUAGUACUAGAGAUUCAUAUUUACACAGUAUCACAGGGGAACUAUUUAUUUAGUUUAUAUGUAUUAUUCUCACAGCAAAUAAGUUAAUAACUUUAACUUAAUUGGUCAAUAAUAUUGUAAAAGCAUCCUGAUUGGUUAAUACCUUAGACUGGUUAAUAAUUAAAUGACACAGUGUUUUAAUAUAAUGAUCUGCAAAGAGUGACAGGAACCACAUUAAAGAGCCACUUGCGGUUCAUGAGCUGCAGUAUCACCUCUCUAGGAGUGGUUAUGCUGCCCCAGGUGGUGGGGCAGGCAGCCAGAGGGCUCAGAUUUGCUAGAGGGCUGGAGUCUCUUGAGUCAUCGCCAGACUGGCUCCAGCCCUAGCUGAGGUUGUCAGGAGAGUUGGCAACACUGCGCUUGCCAUCGAGGCCUGGCCUGGCCUCCAGUCAGACUCCUUCUAGUGUCUAGCCCUGUCAGGCGUGGAGUGUCUUUUACCUCACUAGUCCAAAAGGAACCCAUCUGUGGCCACCAAUGGAACAGUCCUUCAGCCAUUGUGCAGCUGGAGUUCUGGUUCACCUCUUCGUUGCUCAGGCGUCCUUGUCGCCCCUCGGUAGGGUGACCACCCAUCCUGAAUUGGGCAGGACAGGCCCGAAAUGCACAUUUCAAGUCCUGGUCCUAGGAUGGUUUCAGAGUAGCAGCCGUGUUAGUCUGUAUUUGCAAAAAGAAAAGGAGUACUUGUGGCACCUUAGAGACUAAUCAAUUUAUUUGAGCAUAAGCUUUUGUGAGCUACAGCUCACUUCAUUGGAUGCAUAAAGUGGAAAGUACAGUGAGCAGAUUUUAUAUAUACACACAGACCAUGAAAAAAUAUACGUUGUUAAGGAGAGUGA